GAAUUUUUUUCCUUCCGGAACCUUCUUGAAGCUUUAUUCUUUCUUCCGUAGAAACCAAUGGAAGCUUUCUCCCUUUUUCCACCUCAGAGAUAUUUCUAUCUAUCCAUGUGGCUGCUGAUUCUUUUGACAAGCAAAGUUCCAUCCGACCCCACUUCAUCAUCGACUUUACAAAUUAUUCUUUAUAUAAAUGUUUUCCUUUGACACCCUCUUCAUGUCACAUUUUCUUGAUUUUGGGAUUUGAAAAAGUGGAAAAAAUCUUUUAAAAGGGUUUAUUAAAGUUUUGAUUUUUUUUUGAAAAAAUAUUGAAAUUCGAGGAUACCCUUUUGCUAAUUUGUUAUUAUUUUGGGGGGAAUUUGGUGAUGGAGAUGGAGUUUAAAGAAAGGUUGCCUCCAUAUUAUAGUGUUCUUGGUGUUAAUGUAGAUUCUUCUGAUGAAGAAAUUAGACGUGCUUAUAGAAAGCUAGCAAUGCAAUGGCACCCUGAUAAAUGGACUAGGACACCAUCAUUGUUAGGUGAAGCUAAGAGGAAGUUUCAGCAAAUUCAAGAAGCAUAUUCAGUGUUGUCGGAUCAAAAGAAGAGAAUGAUGUAUGAUGCUGGCAUGUAUGACCCUGAAGAAGAUGAAGAUGAGGAAUUUUCUGAUUUUCUACAAGAAAUGGUAUCUUUAAUGGAUGAUGCAAGGAAAGAGGAGAAAAGUUACAGUAUGGAGGAGUUGCAAAGCAUGUUUUGGGAGAUGGCUCAAGGCUCCAAUACUUGUAAUUGGUCUACCUUCUCUCAACAACAAAACUUUGAUUCUCCACAAUGGUUUUGUACUAGUUCUAUGGCUUAUGAUGACUCUAGAGAACUCCCAAGGACAGCUCAGUUCGCAGACAGAAAUCCCCUGUUCGGUUUCACAACCAUGGAGAUGUACUGAGCUAACCGUUUCUGCUGAUAAUAAAUAAAGCUUCUGCUGAUAAUAAAUAAAGCUUCUUCAUGAAAGUACUUCAGCAAAGACAAAUUGAUGCAAAGGUUGCUGGAACCAGUUGAGUGUAGCAAUGUCCAAAGGAGAUGCUGGGAAUUUCGUAAUGACGCCAGAAAUGGAAGGCACAAGGCAUUUUUUGAUUUUAUCUUCAACAAGAAAAUGUUUUUUCUGUAAAUAUUAGUGGAAUGAAACAUUUUGUAGUUACUUGUGGUGUCACUUUGUAUUGAGAUUGUGGAAUGAAAUAUCUUGAUUGUGUUUACAUUA